UCUUGCUUACCUACUUGAGCAAAACCAACAUGACCUUUCUUCCAUUCUCCAUUUUUCUUGAAUGCAACAGUUUUGGCAUGUUUAUCAUCAUUAUUGAUUGUUGAUGCCCAUAAGGAACUUGUAGCUUCAUUCAUUUUCUUUCUUCCCAGUGGGUUAUCAUUUCUAUAUAAAGCCUUCCCAGAUCCUCUCAUUUUCCCAUCUUCCAUUGAAUUCAUAUUCAGCAAAGCAAUAUGGAAAUAAAGAAAGUUCUAUUAGUUGCUCUAUUCCUUGCUUUGGUUCUUGGUAUGGCUGAGAGCUUUGAUGUACACGACAAGGAUUUAGAAUCCGAAGAGAGUUUGUGGGAUUUAUACGAGAGAUGGAGGAGCCAGCACACGGUUUCUCGAAGCCUUGAUGAGAAGCACAAUCGCUUCAACGUGUUCAAAGCCAAUGUGAUGCAUGUCUACAAUAGUAAUAAACUGGACAAGCCUUACAAGCUGAAGUUGAACAAGUUCGCUGACCUAACAAACCAUGAAUUCAGGAGCAUCUACGCUGGCUCCAAGGUUAAUCAUCACAGAAUGUUGCGAGGCACGCCACGUGGGAAUGAUACUUUCAUGUAUGAGAACGUUGAUAGGGUUCCUUCUAUGGUGGAUUGGAGGAAGAAAGGUGCUGUCACUGGUGUAAAGGAUCAAGGCCAAUGCGGUAGUUGCUGGGCUUUUUCAACUAUUGUGGCUGUUGAAGGUAUAAACCAAAUCAAGACAAAUAAGCUAGUGUUCUUAUCUGAGCAAGAACUAAUAGAUUGUGAUACUAAAGAGAACCAAGGAUGCAAUGGUGGGUUGAUGGAAUACGCGUUCGAGUUCAUCAAGAAAAAUGGUAUAGCAACAGAAAGUAAUUACCCUUACAAGGCAAAAGACGAAACCUGUGAUGUAUCAAAGGUGCACAAGCCAACAGUGUCAAUUGAUGGUCAUGAAAAUGUACCCGUAAACAAUGAGGCCGCAUUGCUCAAAGUUGUUGCCAACCAACCUGUAUCUGUAGCCAUUGAAGCCGGUGGAUCUGACUUCCAGUUUUACUCAGAGGGAGUAUUUACCGGAGAAUGUGGCACUGAUCUGGAUCAUGGGGUAGCAAUUGUGGGCUAUGGAACAACUCAAGAUGGAACCAAAUAUUGGACAGUGAAAAACUCAUGGGGAUCCGAAUGGGGAGAGAAGGGUUACAUUAGAAUGAAAAGGGACAUAUCUGACAAGAAAGGUCUAUGUGGCAUAGCAAUGGAAGCUUCCUAUCCAAUCAAAAAGUCAUCUAGUAACCCAACAAAACGUUCAUCAUAUCAUAAAGACGAGCUUUAAAUAUUCCAAAGAAGAUUCAGUAUUGGUCAACCUUGGUGGUUGUUUUCUUGUGUGUAAGGGAUUGCCUCGUACGUAGCCACUAAUAAUAUUUGUAUAUCAAACUCAAUGUCUAAUAAUUAUCCUUUGAAAUUGUUAGGGUUGUGUCGCGUAGAAAUAUAUAAAUAUUUUAAUUUGAUU